UAUUUAGCAACAGCAACAAAACAGGCAGCGGGAUCAGCUGACUGAGGCAGGGAGCUGGCGCAUGGGUUAGUGCUCGACAGCACAGCUCCUGUGCGGGGAGCAGGGAGGAGCAGCGGGGCACAGCCGCGCCGCCAGGGGAGCGACCGCCGCCCGAGCCGAGCCCGCAGCCAUGGCACCCCGGAUCAGACUGAGCCUUUCCAAGCCUCUCCCGACCAUACGGGAAACCCACGAGGAAGCGAUGGAAGAUCCCAGCAGUGCCCCAAAACGUGCAGGGAGCACUGCAGCCAGCCCAGACUCGUACUCCAGCGAGGACUACAUCCAGUCCAUCUGCCACCUYGCCAGGCCCACCUUCCCAGCCCUUCUGGAGAGCAGGCGAAAGGGUCAGGACAGAAAGACCCUGCAGAGCCUUGAAGAUGUGUCACGGUCCCCAGCCCUUGAAGGGACACAGCAGGAAAGGUUAAAGUGUAAAUUGACCGAUUUCAUCUCAAACAUGGUGCCACUGGGAAAAGUCCCACCUGCAGAAAUCGACUUUUGGUCCAGAGGGGAUCCCCUGGAACAAAUUUACACCCAUGCAGGAAAUGUUUGCUCCUCCAAGGCUCCUUCCUCUGGUGAAAGUGCCAGCACUGGUUACUCAUGGUGCAACUCUUCUGCCCCAAAUGGUGACCCUCAUCCCACAAACCUGGAAGAAAAAAACACAGGGAAAAGCAGUUUUCCACGAGUGUUCAGUUUUCCAAGGCUUCCCUCCCCGAGACCAGCUCAGAAAGAUGCAGUAGGCUCAGAGCUGAGAUAUCUCAGAAGGGAUGAGGGAACAGUUUUAGGGAGUAACCACAGCCAGAAAGAAAAGGGCCCCAUGUCCAUUAAUGCUGAAGAGCUGCUGGCACCCUCAGCCAAAGGGAAGCUGCCAGGAAACCCAGCCCUGCCCUGCUCUGUAAGAAAGCAGAGUUUGUUCAAUAGAGCAGGCAUUGAUGAAAAAGAAGGAAGAGAAGCUUCUCACUUUGACAAAAAUGUCGUGGGUGAUGUCCCUGCUAAGCAGAGAUACUUUGAGUCUUUCCAGGUACCUAAAAAAGCCACAAUCCAUAACUGGAUUUCMGAGCACAGAUGCAUCUGGAAAGAAGCAAAGAUAAAAGCUUGUUUGCUCCCAGCCAUCGCUGAAGUGUGAAGAAGUAGCUGCCUGGAAUAAUUUUAUUCAMAAGAUAUAACCACCCUGUGCUCUAGCAGCUCUCCCUGGAGUCCUCACACAGAAAACAUGGCUUGAACAUGCAUGCGAGUCAGGCAGACUCUUGUGAUCCAUCAUAUCCCUCAUCCGUGGGCAGAGGGACAMUUCAGAGUCUCAUCUGCUGAGGAAACAGCGAUCCGUUUUCAUUUUGGAAAGGCAACAGUUCAUAAAGCAUCUCCUCCCACCUACUGCCUAGAACUGCCCUGAGCAUGAAGAAAAGCUGGAGAGAGCUGGAGAGAACACAAAUCUCAUCUGUGCUGGAGGAAAAGUGGGAACAUUGAAAUAUCAAUGCUUUCCAGCCAAUGCCAAGUCGCCAGAUGUUGCUCACACUUGGGUACAGCUAUUCAAAAUGGAUCCCUUUGCCCAAGGCUCGGACAGUACGAAAUGUUCUCUCUCUGGCACACACCUUUACUGGGARACCCAUCCUAGAUCCCACCUCAGCACCAGGGUCCCACUGGAGAGGUCAUCCAUUAGAGCAGUAGCAUAAAGAAAUAGUUCUUUUAAAUC